AUGUCGGCACUUGCAGAUUUAAUCAAUCUCGACCUCUCCGAUUCCACUGAACAGAUCAUCGCCGAGUACAUAUGGAUUGGUGGAUCGGGCUUGGAUAUGAGAAGCAAAGCAAGGACUUUGGCGGGACCGGUGAAGGAUCCAUCGGAGUUGCCGAAAUGGAACUAUGACGGUUCAAGCACCGGCCAAGCUCCCGGCGAUGACAGUGAAGUCAUCCUCUACCCUCAAGCUAUCUUCAAAGACCCCUUCAGAAGAGGCAACAACAUCCUUGUGAUGUGUGACGCAUAUACACCGGCUGGUGAACCAAUUCCCACUAACAAAAGGCAUGCGGCGGCCAAGAUCUUUAACGAUCCCAACGUUGUCGCAGAAGAAACAUGGUACGGAAUUGAGCAAGAGUAUACUUUGCUGCAAAAGGAUAUUAAGUGGCCGGUAGGUUGGCCGGUCGGCGGCUUCCCGGGUCCUCAGGGACCGUACUACUGUGGAGUUGGAGCAGAGAAAGCCUUUGGAAGAGACAUAGUAGAUUCUCAUUACAAAGCCUGUCUUUACGCCGGAAUCAAUGUCAGUGGUACUAACGGCGAAGUCAUGCCCGGCCAGUGGGAAUUCCAAGUCGGUCCAACCGUCGGAAUCGCUGCCGCCGAUCAGGUCUGGGUCGCUCGUUACAUCCUCGAGAGGAUCACAGAAAUAGCUGGAGUUGUUCUGUCUCUUGACCCUAAACCAAUCCCGGGAGAUUGGAAUGGUGCAGGAGCACACACAAAUUACAGUACGAAGUCGAUGAGAGAAGAUGGAGGGUACGAGGUGAUAAAGAAAGCAAUAGAUAAGCUUGGCUUGCGUCACAAGGAACACAUCGCUGCUUACGGUGAAGGCAAUGAGCGUCGUCUCACCGGAAAACACGAGACUGCCGAUAUCAACACUUUCUUAUGGGGUGUGGCGAACCGUGGAGCAUCGAUUCGGGUUGGGCGUGACACUGAGAAGGAUGGAAAAGGAUAUUUUGAAGAUCGCAGGCCAGCUUCGAACAUGGAUCCUUACACUGUGACUUCCAUGAUUGCUGAAUCCACAAUCCUUUGGAAACCAUGA